AAUUUGUUUUAUACAAGAAAUGAUUUUUGUUGGAAGCAACCCUAAUUCCAUUAUAUAUCAGAUUCAAGGAACCCAGAUUCAAAAAGCGCGAAAAAGCGAAAAAUCUUUACAAAAAGGUUGAUUGUUUUUAUUUAAUAGUAAUUUAAUUUAAUUCAAUUCUUCAAGAAUCGCUCAGAAACUACCAAGUGAGAGGCAGAAUUUGAAUAAAAACGAAGUUUUCGAUUCGCCAUGGAUUUAAAGGAAUUACAAGGUAUUGUAGAGGAAAUGGAAAACAAACAUGAUCCAGUAAGUGACUCAGACGGGAAAAACGGAGAAUUCGAGGUACAGAAAGAAUACGUUAGGAAUGGACCUGUAAUAAAACAAGGGAAUGCAAGUGCAGAAGGGAGAAUAGGUCAAGAAAACGAAAGAAUCGAAAUGGAAUCAAUUGAUGAAUGUUUAAAAACGACAGAACAGUUGCUUACGAGAUUCGAAAAUGAAAUGAAGGAGUUUCAUGUACGAAUGGAUGAAUUGAACGAUCUUAUGAACGAGGAGGACUUUCAAAAGUAUUCCGAAAAGAUAUGAAGAACAGGAAUAAAUGUAUGGAAUGAAUAAACACCAGAUUCAAUGAAUGAUCGAAUUAUCCAGCUUACCUUACCUGGUCUUGCUUAACACUGGUUUCGAAACGACAUAGAAGAUGUUUUGAUUUUCAUCCUUAAGAGUCUACGCUUUGAUCUGAUGAAACGGCUUGGAAGGAGCGUUGACGGCUUCUGUUUUAGAACCCAAUUUGGGGAAUGAUUUAUAG